ACACAACAAAUUGCAUCACUUCAAGCAUCAAACUAUCAAACACAUUGUUCCAAGUUCUCAAUCUGAACUGAUCAAACAUGUUUUUUUCAAAGCCCCCCUCUGUAUCAAAGUUUGUGAUCCUAAUCUCUCGUCUUCUUCGAAAAUAUUAUAGAAACCAAAAGGGCUUGCAGAGAAGCUUGAGUAAUGCACACUCAUUCAACUCUAGGAAUGAAGUAGAGAGUCCAUUCUCUAUUUCUGAGAGAGCUGAGCCCUCUGAAAACACAACUGUGGUCUUCAAUGUUGAAGGCUCUUUGUUGAAAUCUUCGUCGCUUUUUCCAUACUUCAUGUUGGUUGCAUUUGAGGCCGGUAGCAUCAUAAGGGCUCUCGUUCUUUUGAUUUUGUACCCUUUUCUUAGCUUGCUUAGUCAUGAGAUUUCCUUGAAAGUUAUGGUCAUGGUUUCGUUUUUCGGGAUCAAGAAAACGGGCUUUCGAGUGGGGAGUUCUGUUCUGCCAAAGUACUUUCUAGAGGAUGUCGGUGAUGAAGUUUUUGAGGUGUUAAAGAGAGCUAAAACUAAAGUUGCAGUCACUAAUUUGCCUCAAGUGAUGGUUGAGAGCUUCUUAAGGGAUUACUUGGAGAUCGAAUUUGUCAAUGGAAGAGAGUUAAAAGUGGUUUGUGGAUAUUACGUUGGCCUAAUGGAAGAUAGGAGCACCAACAUUUUGGAUGAUCUAUUCAAAGAUGAGAAUGUAUCUGACAAGGUAAUCGGACUUGAUAGCCUCAACACAUCCGUUGGUCAUAGAGGAUUCUCUCAUUGCAAGGAGGUUUUCAUGGUAAAUGAAGCAGAGAAGCUCAAAUGGAAGUCACUUAGCAAGGAAAAAUAUCCGAAACCUCUGAUUUUUCAUGAUGGUAGAUUAGCUUUCAGGCCAACUGCACUUGCCAUGCUUGUCAUGUUUCUAUGGUUUCCUCUCGGGUCAAUUCUUGCCAUCAUCCGGAUCAUCAUUGCCAUUUCUUUACCAUACAGUAUCUCCACUCCUCUGUUAACUUUCUCAGGAAUUAAACUCAAGGUUUUCGAACACGUGCAAAGGUCAGAUAAUGCACAGUCCAAAACCAAAGGUUCUCUAUAUGUGUGCAACCACAGAACAUUAUUGGACCCUCUGAUUCUAUCAUUCGGACUCGUGAAACCUUUGGCUGCCGUUACAUAUAGCCUAAGUAGAAUGUCUGAAAUUUUAUCACCAAUCAGAACUGUGCGAUUAACGAGAAACAGAGACAAGGACAGGGAAAUGAUGGAUAAGUUAUUGAAUCAAGGGGAUUUGGUUGUUUGCCCUGAGGGAACUACUUGUAGAGAACCUUACUUGCUAAGGCUGAGUCCUUUGUUCACAGAAUUGACUGAUGAUAUCGUCCCUGUUGGCGUAGAUACAAGUGUUAGUAUGUUUCAUGGUACAACAGCUAGUGGAUUGAAGUUCUUGGAUCCAAUUUUCUUCCUCAUGAAUCCAACUCCAAGCUACACACUGCAAGUACUUGAUAAAAUCUGCGGUGUUUCAAGCAAUGAUGAUAAAAGCUCAAGGUUUGAUGUGGCGAAUCAGGUGCAAAGUGAGCUUGGCAAGGCCUUAGGAUUCGAAUGCACGAUGCUAACAAGGAAGGACAAGUACAUGAUCUUGGCUGGCAAUGAAGGAGUAGUUUCUGCCGGAAACAAACAAUAAUUAACAUUUUUUGUUCUAUAUCUUAGCAAGCUAUAUAUAUUCUUGUACAUUCCUUGCACCGCAGAUGUUUAUACAAAUACAUAUAUUCGAGUUAA